CCGGCGUCCCGCGCCCUCCUUCCUUCCUCGCCAGGACGGACGCACUUCCGGCGGAUGUGGGGGCCAGCCCUCGGAAACGGAAGUGAGCGGCGGGGUCGACUGACGGUAACGCGGCAGAGAGGCUGUUCGCAGAGCUGCGGAAGAUGAAUGCCAGAGGACUUGGAUCUGAGCUAAAGGACAGUAUUCCAGUUACUGAACUUUCAGCAAGUGGACCUUUUGAAAGUCAUGAUCUUCUUCGGAAAGGUUUUUCUUGUGUGAAAAAUGAACUUUUGCCUAGUCAUCCCCUUGAAUUAUCAGAAAAAAAUUUCCAGCUCAACCAAGAUAAAAUGAAUUUUUCCACACUGAGAAACAUUCAGGGUCUAUUUGCUCCACUAAAAUUACAGAUGGAAUUCAAGGCAGUGCAGCAGGUUCAGCGUCUUCCAUUUCUUUCAAGCUCAAAUCUUUCACUGGAUGUUUUGAGGGGUAAUGAUGAGACUAUUGGAUUUGAGGAUAUUCUUAAUGAUCCAUCACAAAGCGAAGUCAUGGGAGAGCCACACUUGAUGGUGGAAUAUAAACUUGGUUUACUGUGAUAGUGUGCUGUUCAUGGAAACCGAGGGCUGCAUCUUGUUUAUAGUCAUCUUUGUACUGUAAUUUGAUGUACACAACAUUAAAAGUACUGACACCUGAGAA